AAAAAUUUCAAGGUUAUUAUUGUCAGAUAGUAAGUGCCAGUGGAUAAUUUUAAAAAUAAUGAUCAGUAAUCUAAUUGUCGCCCUGCAGUAACCAAGAUAGUAAAUACAAUAAUAACAUUUUAUUAAAAUACAUAGCAAAAUAUUUAUUUUCACAUAUUGUCUGUAUUACAAUUUUAUUCCUGUUAUGUAAUUAAUAUAUUUUCAAAUAAGUGAACAUGUUAAACCUAAGAUCACUGAAAAACAAGGGUAUUAAAUAAUUGUGGAAUAAUUGGAAUAUCCGAGUUUCAAAAAAUAGGCAGCUUAAGGGUGUCAUAAUGGCAUACAACUUGGAUUGGAUCAUUCCUAGAUUAAGGAGCCCUACCACAAUUUGGAAAAUUGCUAGUGCUGUUACCGUAUGUGCUGUGGGUCUAUUUAGCAAAAUUUUAAUCCGUAAUAAUCUCUUUAAUCGAGCUAAAGUUCACAAUAGACAUGUUAUAAGCGAUUUAUUAGAUAAUAGGCCUAAACAAGUACCUUUGAUAACAGUUUCAAAUCACCAUUCAUGCUUUGAUGAUCCUGGUAUAUGGGGAACAUUAAAUUUGAGGCAUCUUCUAAGUCCUAAGGUGAUGAGGUGGUCACUUGCGGCGCAUGAUAUUUGUUAUACUUGCGCUCAACACGCGUAUUUUUUCAGUCUUGGUAAAUGUAUACCGGUGGUUCGAGGUGCUGGGGUUUACCAGGAUGCCGUGGACUUUUGUAUAGAACAACUUGCUAAAGGCGGAUGGGUGCAUCUUUUUCCAGAAGGUAAAGUAAACAUGACUAAAGAAAAUAUGAGGUUUAAGUGGGGCGUUGGCAGAAUGAUCUACGAAGCGCCUGUAACGCCCAUAGUUUUACCUAUUUGGCAUAUAGGAAUGGACGAUGUGUUACCUAAUGAACCGCCUUACGUUUUGAAAUUUCGAAAAAACCUCACCUUCAACUACGGCCAACCUCUAGAUUUAUCCGAAAUGGUUAACACUUUAAGAAACAAAAAUGUUACCGAAGAACAGGCUAGGAAACACAUUACAGACUUUUUGCAAGAAACGUUAUUAAAGUUGAAAGAACAAACAGAAGAAUUGCAUCAAAAAAAUUUCAAAGUAAAAUCAUGACAACGGCCUAAUAUUAGUGAUAAAUAAUUAUUUUUAGGUAUAUCAGAACAGAUUGGCUUGUAUUUAAUUUUAUUUUUAAAUUGUUAAUUAUCUACACCGGCUAUAUUAAAAAAAAUCUUUCUACUCAUGCCA